CCCUGUGGGGGAGGGGAGCGAGGGCGCCCCGAAGGGAGUGGACAGCCCCCUUGUCAGUCUUCCCGAGUCCGGGAGUGUAAGAUGAGAAGGGGGAAGGUGGGCCUCAUGCUGGGGCAAGGCGAGGAGGAACUUCCUGCCCGCGCGCACGCGCGCGCGCUCCUCGGCAUUGAGCGCGCGGCCUGGGAGGCGGUAGGUGCGGCAAGGUCAGCUUGGCCGGGGGUGGCAGCCUGCCUAGGAGAGGGGGACCCUCCUGGGGAGCUGGGCUGCGGCCUCCAAGCGCCUCGGCCAUAUUGAAUAGCCGCGGCUGAGCCGUCUUUGUCUGCGAAGUCCUCUCCCAAGUUCCAGGCACGUCCCUAGAACAGGAAGAGCCACCGGGCAGCCCGUGCUGCACCGCAGUUGGAGCCAGGACGCCCCGUUUGCAGCUUGCGAUGGGCUUGGAGCCUUAAGACUGACCUCAGCUCGGCUCACGGAAGCAUCCUGGAAAUUGAGUCCCACCAGUUCUUGAGGGGAGCGGGACUUGAUCAAGACCAGACUUGUUGCAGGCAGAGAAAUUGGGAGGUGAGACUCUCGGGGCAGCGCGGCCAAAACCCCAUCCUCACCUCCAAGACUCGGGGCGUUUGGGCUCAUUGCCCCCACCCUAGAUUUCACCCUGGAGAUCUUAAAGACCCUUGAGAAAAGCCAUGUGGGGGGCUGGUUCCCCUGGGGCUUCCUCCCGUCCCCCGACUGCCUGAUCCUUUGGAGCGUUCCCGACGUCUGCAAAGAUGUGGAUUUGGACGUCCUCGUGGAAGCCUUGAAGCCCGUGGGGACCUUUAAGAAGAUUGGCAAGGUGUUCCGCCGGGAGGAGGACUCCACGGUGGGGAUGCUGCAGAUCGGGGAGGACGUGGACUAUUUGCUUAUCCCCCGCGAGGUCAGGCUGGCGGGAGGCGUCUGGAGGGUCAUCUCUAAACCCGCCACCAAGGAGGCGGAAUUUCGGGAGCGGUUGAUCCAGUUCCUGGAGGAAGAAGGCCGCACCCUAGAGGAUGUGGCCCGCAUCAUUGAGAAGAGCACCCCGCAUCCACCCCAGCCCCCCAGAAAACCCAAAGAGCCCCUGGUGAGGAGGAGAGUCCAGCAGAUGGUGACCCCACCUCCCCGGCUGGUCGUGGGCACUUACGACAGCAGCAACGCCAGUGACAGCGACUUAAGCGACUUUGAGACCUCCCGAGACAAGGGCCACAAAGGCACAGGGCGUGGCAGGAAGGUGCGCAAAAUGCCCGUUAGUUACCUGGGCAGCAAAUUCCUUGGGAGCGACCUGGAGAGCGAGGAUGAUGAGGAACUGGUGGAGGCCUUCCUCCGGCGAGGGGAGAAGAAGCCCAGCGAGCCGCCAGCCCGCCGCCGGGUGAACCUGCCAGUGCCCAUGUUUGAGGACAACCCGGGGCCCCAUCUGUCCAAAGCAGACAGGUGGCGGGACUAUGUCAGCCAGGUGUCCUGGGGGAAGCUGAAGCGGAGGGUGAAGGGCUGGGCACCUCGGUCCAGCCCAGGGGAGGGCGAGGCCCGGCAGGCCCCUACCAGGGUGGAGCGGGAUGGCACGUCGGUGCCAGGCAGCGCCAGUCUGGGGGAUAAUGUGGGAGAUGCAGGAGGUGGGCGGGUACCUGAGACCCCCCCAAGACAGUGGAGGCCCAAGAUCAACUGGGCCUCCUUCCGGCUUCGCAGGAGGGAGGACGCAGCAGCCAGAGCCCGGGGGGCAGAGGCUGUAGGUAAUCAGAGGGUGGAAGAUGUAGAUAAUCAAAGGGCAGAGGCCAUAGCUGUCCAGGGGGCAGAGGCUCUGGGCAAUCAGAGGGCAGAGGUCCCAGCUGACCAGAGGGUAGAGGAUGCAAAUAAUCAGAGGGCAGAGGCCCCAGCUGUCCAGGGAGCAGAAGCUAUAUCUGAUGGGGCAGAGGCUGUAUCUGACGAAGGGGCAGAAGCUGCAUGUAAUCAGAGGGCAGAGACCCCAGCUGAAUCCUCAGCUUCCUGUAGGGCCCCAGGGGUGGCCCCAGGAGCCAGGACCCGGAAACAGGUCAAGACAGUGAGAUUCCAGACCCCUGGGCGUUUUUCAUGGUUUCGAAAGCGCCGGAGAGCCUUCUGGCACACUCCACGGUUGCCCACCCUGCCCAAGAGAGUCCCCAGGGCAGGCGAGGCCAGGAGCCUCAGGGUCCUGAGGGCUGAGGCCAGAGCAGAGGCAGAGCAUGGAGAGCAAGAAGACCAGCUGUGAGGUGAGGGCAGGGGGACCACAGAGGACCUCACCACCUGCCACAGUCUGGGCCACUCAGGGCGCGUCCUAACUCCCACACGUGGACAGAGAUGCUCUGUGUCCACACUUGAAAAUGGAGGUAGAGCGAGGGCCUGGUAGUCCCCCGCACAUCUCCACCUAACACCCCUCUUGAUUUUCUUGUUAAAAUUGUAUCUUUCACGCAUUGAUUUCUUUUUCUGCCGCACUAUGCGGCUUGCGGAAUCUUAGUUCCCUGACCAGGGAUUGAACCCAGGCUGGCAGUGAAAAUGCCAAAUCCUAAUCACUGGACUGCCAAGGAAUUCCCCAUGCGUUGUUUUUUGGGUUUUUUUGUUUUAAAUACAGACCCUUUAUAGUAACCCAAGGAAUGUAAAUAAAGAAACCCAUACAAAGGGGUUGCAUCACCCAUGAUUUUAACUUUCUCAGAUUCAACUCUAGGUGCUCAGCUUGAAAAAGGGAGAGAGGCAGGGGAGAAAUUCUUUCCUCUUCCUCUUUUUCUUCGCCCUUUCGCUUGCACAGUUACACUCACUGCCUCCUGGAACUUAAAAAGAGGACGCAGGUUGACAUGCAAAUAAAAGUGU